CAGCUCCUCCCCACCCGAGCAGCAGCUCCGCUCAUUCGACUGUCGGUGCAGAGCUGGUGCAGUCGACCGGCUUUUCUAUCCUGAGGCUUUACGGGCGUUUCUGGUUGAGCACGUUGUGUGAAAGGCGAAAUGGCAGAGCAGGAGCCAACCGCAGAACAGCUGGCAGCAAUUGCUGCUGAGAAUCAGGAGGAGGAAACCCCAGUGAGCUACAAAGCACCAGCACAGAAAAGUCUGCAGGAGAUUGAAGAACUGGACAAAGAUGAUGAGAGCCUCAGGAAGUACAAGGAGAUACUGCUGGGAAACCGCGCUAAAGUCACUGAUCCUAAUGUUCCAAAUGUUCAAGUGACCCGUUUAACAUUGGUAUGUGCAGCUGCACCUUAUCCUUUAGUCCUGGAUUUAACAGGUGACCUUGAGAACUUUAAAAAGAAUCCUUUUGUAUUGAAAGAGGGCGUUGAGUACAAGAUUAAAAUUUGCUUCAAGGUUAACAAAGAAAUAGUUUCUGGGCUGAAGUACAUUCAGACAACGUCAAGAAAAGGAAUAAAAAUUGAUAAGACUGAAUACAUGGUGGGGAGCUAUGGACCACGCGACACCGAAUACGAGUUCCUUACAACACAAGAAGAAGCGCCCAAAGGCAUGAUGGUCAGGGGCAGCUAUACGAUCAAAUCACUGUUCACUGAUGAUGACCAGUUCAAUCACCUCUCCUGGGAGUGGUACCUCAACAUCAAGAAGGAUUGGAAAGAAUAAUCAGUGCAAGGCCGGCUGUAGUCAAUCCAAUAGAGAGAGGAAAAAAAAACAAAAAUACACCCUCUGUACCAAAGUUAGCUUUUUUUUUUGGAAAAGAAAAUUGUAUUAGAUUUAUACUGCACAGUGAGAUCAUUGGCAAAGAAAAUCAAACCCUCGUACUGGUAAGGCACAGGUCAGAUGCAUGGCUACAUGUUUCAUUCUCCUUAUCCCAUUUGUGAUUCUUCCCCUUUGCUCUGCCGACAGCUGCCUUUUGUGGGGGUGGGGGGAGCGGGGGGCCUGCAGUUUUUUUUUAAAGAGAAGGUGAUAUGUAAAUCAGGCUUGGCUUGACGCCCCACCUAGGGGACUUGACCAUUGUUUCAUUAGCACAGUGCUAAACUUGGAAAGCUAGAAAAUCACAAUGUUUAAAUUAGGCGGAAGAAUAUAAUAUAAAGCUUUAGACGCAUUUGUUUUUUCAGAUUUACUCCUGUAAUUUUUUAUUCUGUGUGUAACCAUGUUGCCUUAUGUAUGCUAAAGUUGGUUAUGGAAAUAAUCAAAAAAAAAUCAUGAAUUUCUUAGUCAUCUUUUAUACGAGUAUGGAUUAAGAACCCUUUUUUUUCCUGUCUGGAGAUCUGUGUGUACAUCCACAAUAAAGCUAGUCUAAUCAGUGAUAAUAUUUCUGAAUAAAUACACUCCUGUUAAAAUUAUGUAUAAAAUUAUGUAUUGAAAGCAUACAAUUCAGAGGGAUUUUUUUUGUGAAGUCUUGGAAUGUUGGGGAAUGUUGGGAGUCCUGUAUUGCGUUUGAAGGGAGCUAUCUGAACAUUUUCAAUUGUAAAUGGUGCUGGUAAAAUAUUGUUCAAAAAUGUUCUUUUUAAAAAAAACUUGUCUUGAAUGUUGGAAAGAGAUGGCCUGGAUAAUAUUAUGCCUCUUUGUAUUUUGUGCCACUCAUCAAUCUGCCUCAGUGUUUCAUUCCUGGAUUCUGUGCUCCAUUGUCCAGCUAAUUUUUGACUUACUGAUUUUUUUUGAACCUGGUAUAUUUAAGAAAGUGUUCUAAGCAGCCAGCAUAUAUCAUUGGUAGCCAUUGUGGUUGGAACUGGGACCAAAAGUGAUUUUAUCUGUUUUGCCAGAGUUGUCUUCCCCUUUUACAGUAAUGGAUUUUUUUAUGUUCUCUUCUGACUUCUGUGUAGACUGGACAUUAACAGGUGAAAGAACAAUACCAAUGUUUUCACAGCAAGUAUAAUAAAAUAUUCAGACUAAGAUGUUUGAUUUUCUCUGUC